GGCGAAUGGUUCUUGAUCUACAUGAUCUUGACUUGGUAAGGGUAAGUUUGCCAGUACUAGUAACCAGUAGGAGGUAUAAUGUUAAGAACCAUAAACAACCUUUAUUUUGACCUGAGUGAUGAACCUAAGAAUCACACUGGAGUAAAGCUAAAGACAGACCCGCUCGCUAGCGGGGUCUUGUUGUGCCCGACUUUCCCACUUACUUGUGGUAUACUUUGCUACACACACACACACACACAUAAUGAAGAUUUCGAAACCUAAGCUACAAAUGUGAAGAUCUGGAAAAAUAAUAGGAACAACUACCAUGAACGAUGUUGAUAAAAAACCGCAUCUAGCCUUGAAUAGUAUUGAAAAUUGAUUGAUAUUGUUGAUUGAAAAAGUAAGUGCAUACGCUAAUGUUUUAGAUAAUAAAUAAUUCCAAC